AUGUCCUCGAUAUUGGAACAGGCACCGGUAUCUGUCGAUGACGUUGAAAGCCCUUGGCUCGGCUUGAACGGAUUUGACUUCAUCUUCUGCAGGUACAUGCUUGGUGCCAUUGCAGACUGGCCGAAGCUGAUGGAACGGGUCUACGAGAACACAAAGGAGGGUGGAUGGGUCGAGUUCCAGGAUUACGACCUGAGCUUCGUCUCCGACGACGGCAGCCUUACAAAAGAGCAUGAGACCAUGAAAUGGGUACAAGGAUUUAUUAAAGCUUGCGAAAAGAUAGGCCGCAACGCAUGCCCCGGGCCUCAUCUGGAAGGAUGGGUCAAGGACGCUGGCUUCGCCGACGUCGUGCAUCAGCGGUUCAAACUGCCCAUUGGACCAUGGCCCAAGGACCCUCAUUACAAGGAGCUCGGAAUUAUCAAUCUAAUUCAAUUGAUGGACGGCGCAGAGGCAUUUACUUUCAGAAUCUUCUGCGAUGUCUUGGGAUGGACUCGCGAUGAGUGCAUCGUCAUGCUUGCCAAGGUUCGCAAUGAAUUGAAAUCUAACUCCUUCCACGCUCGCAUGGAGUUGUGA